CGGAUUGUUUGGUGGGUUUGGAGGUCUGGGUACAGGAUGAUCAGGAACUCCCGGAGAGAUUCCAUGCAGGAGGCAUCAUUCACCCCCAGGCCCCAUCACAGUGCAGAGGAGCUGAAGGAUACCUCUCCUGGAGACCUGUUGCCCAGUCCGCUGGGUCAGGAUUUGCCCCAGUUGGAAAAGCUGCAGCAGCAGCCAACGGUGGAAUGCAUGGUCUGUGGUGACAAAUCCAGCGGCAAACAUUAUGGACAGUUCACCUGCGAGGGCUGCAAGAGUUUCUUCAAGCGGUGUGUUCGAAGGAACCUGAGCUACAGCUGCAGGGGCAGCAGGAACUGUCCCAUUGACCAGCAUCACCGGAACGAGUGUCAGCACUGCCGCUUCCAGAAGUGUCUCAAGGUCGGCAUGAGACGAGAAGGUAGAUCUCUCCUGGGCUGGGGAGGGGAGGAGAGCCACCGGCUGGAUGGGUGUGUACUUAUUUGUGUUAUUUCCAUUACAGCUGUUCAGAGGGGAAGGCUGUCUCACACUCAAUCCAACCCAGGACAGUACAGCCUGAGCAAUGGCGACGGCUUCACCAACCCCUCUUACCUGUCCAGCUUUAUCUCCCUGCUGCUGCGAGCAGAACCGUACUCAAUGUCUCGCUACGGCAGCCCGUGUAUGCAGCCCAGCAGCGUGAUGGGCGUCGAGAGCAUCUGCGAACUGGCGGCUCGCCUCCUCUUCAGUGCCGUGGAGUGGGCCAGGAACAUCCCCUUCUUCUCCGACCUCCAGAUCUCCGACCAGGUGGGGCUGCUCCGGCUGACGUGGAGCGAGCUGUUUGUGCUCAAUGCGGCUCAGUGCUCUAUGCCGCUGCAUGUGGCGCCCCUCCUGGCAGCCGCCGGCCUCCACGCCUCCCCAAUGUCGGGGGAGCGAGUUGUGGCAUUUAUGGAUCACAUCCGGGUCUUCCAGGAGCAGGUGGAGAAGCUGAAGCUGCUGCACGUGGACGCGGCAGAGUUCUCCUGCCUGAAGGCCAUCGUCCUGUUUACCUCAGAUGCCUGCGGUCUCUCAGAUCCCUCCCAGGUGGAGAGUCUUCAGGAGAAAUGCCAGUGUGCUCUGGAGGAUUACAGCCACAACCAGUAUCCCAACCAGCCCAACCGAUUCGGCAAGCUGCUGCUGCGACUACCCUCCCUGCGAGUGGUCUCCUCACCCAUCAUCGAACAGCUGUUCUUUGUGCGUUUGGUGGGUAAGACGCCAAUCGAAACUCUCAUCAGGGACAUGCUGCUGUCUGGCAGCAGCUUCAGCUGGCCUUAUCUGCCUGUGCAGUGA